AUUCGAAAGCGUGGUAAAAUCAGCUGUUGCGCUACUUUGUGACGUGUUGAAUUGCUUACAAAAAAUGGUUUCUGGCAUUCAGACUAUCGAUACUAACCAUGAAGAUAUGAUCCAUGACGCCCAGUUGGACUAUUAUGGUACGACACUAGCAACUGCUUCAUCUGACCAUUCGGUAAAAAUCUUCGAUGUUCGGAAUAAGAAACAACUUCUAGUAGCUCAUCUACGAGAACAUCAAGGGCCAGUUUGGAGCUUAAGUUGGUCCCAUCCUAUGUAUGGAAGUUUGUUGGCCUCUUGUGGAUACGAUCGCAAAGUUAUUAUUUGGAGAGAAGUCAACGGACGAUGGGGAAAGGUCUAUGAAUAUGCUGAGCAUGAUAGUUCAGUCAAUUGUGUUUGCUGGGCCCCACAUUCUUACGGUCUAAUGUUAGCUUGUGCAAGUUCAGAUGGAACGAUUUCUAUCCUUGUGUCAGAUGAAACUAACACAUGGCGUGCUUUCCGCAUUACGGAUGCACACUCUGUUGGUGUGAAUAGUGUUUCUUGGGCACCUUCUAUCAAUGCUGAAUUUAUAUUCAAUCCAUCUGCAACAAAUGGUAUUAAUCCUCCAAUCAAAAGACUCGUUUCAGGCGGCUGUGAUUCUCUUAUCAAGAUCUGGCGGGAAGAUAUUACUUCUGGAAGUCCCGAAUGGAUUGAAGAAGCCCGUUUAGAUGGUCAUACUGAUUGGGUACGUGAUGUUGCCUGGUGUCCAAGUCUCAAUAUUUCACGCCAACUAAUAGCUUCAUGUGGUCAAGAUGGACGAUUGAUAAUUUGGCAGUCAAGCAAUGAGACUGAAAAUCGUUUAAACACUUCAGUGACAAAUAAUCCGAAUUCUAGUGGUAUAGAGUCGAAAGACUAUUCAUCUAAGCCAUAUUGGCGUCCGACUGUCCUAUACACGUAUUCAGACGUUGUGUGGAAUGUUUCAUGGUCUGUAACUGGGAAUAUUUUGGCAGUAUCUGGAGGCGACAACAAGGUCACAUUGUGGAAAGAGAAUUUAGAAGGUAACUGGAUUGCUUUAAGCGAAAUCGCACGUGGCCACGGUGCAUCAAGCCUGAUCGGAGCUGAGGAAAACAGUCAAACAUCAAACCAGUCCACCGCUCAAAUAGCUACCUAAACUUGAAUAUAAGUGUGUAUCUGUGUGUUUGCUGAUCUUUUCCGUUCUGUAUUGUCGUACAGCUUUGUUUGUUAACUGUCGGUUUGGUCCAGUGUUGUAUUCCAUCUAUCCUUCUUUAUGCUUUCCGUUUAAAUGUAAUGACAAGGUUUUUCUCAUUAAUUUAUUGAAUACUGCUCACCUUGUAAAAAAAUUCUGUGCAGAUUAGCAUAUUUAUAAUUAUUCUUCUAAGGGGAAGUGUUAUGGUAUAGUCGAACACUAUUAUUAUUAUUGUUUAUACAAAGGGGGAAGCUUCCAGAAAUAUUCUCAUCUUGUUUCAAUCUAAAGCGUGGAGUAAAUGGUUUUUUGAAUACCUAAAUACCAUUUCUUAUUCAUUUGAAACAAUCUAUAUGGCGUGUAAAAAGCGUCUUGUGGAAAUAGUUUACUGUUUCCAAAGAAACUCAACUGAAUUGAAACGACGGUGUUCACAAAGUCAACUUUUUUGAGAAACCAUGUAACUUUCUUCAGUAUUACUCGCACUAUGAUUCCUCCUACGAAUCAAAAACCUAUAACGUCUUCACGUGUCUUGACUUCAGGGUGUCAGCUGUACAAGAGGAAAGCAAAUGCUUU